GUUGCUCCCUUCCACUCAUCUGAAAGAAACAAAAAAAAAAACUAAAUAAAUAAAAUAAGAAAAAACGCAGCGAUAUCCACGCUGCUCCAUCUCUCUCUCGCCAGAUAUCAAUCAUCGACUCGUUCCUCAGAUUUCAGAUCCAAAUCUACACACAAAAAGCUUCAACAUGUCUACCUUCAGCGGCGAUGAAACAGCUCCUUUCUUCGGCUUCCUCGGCGCCGCCGCCGCACUCGUCUUCUCCUGUAUGGGAGCUGCUUAUGGAACGGCGAAGAGUGGUGUUGGUGUGGCUUCCAUGGGAGUCAUGAGGCCAGAGCUGGUGAUGAAGUCCAUUGUACCCGUUGUUAUGGCUGGUGUGUUGGGUAUUUACGGUUUGAUUAUUGCUGUUAUCAUCAGUACUGGUAUUAACCCCAAGGCUAAGUCUUACUACCUCUUCGAUGGUUACGCUCACCUCUCCUCCGGUCUUGCUUGUGGUCUUGCUGGUCUCUCCGCUGGUAUGGCCAUUGGGAUCGUCGGUGAUGCCGGUGUCAGGGCAAAUGCUCAGCAGCCUAAGCUCUUUGUUGGGAUGAUUCUUAUCCUUAUUUUCGCAGAAGCCCUUGCUCUUUACGGGCUUAUUGUUGGAAUCAUCCUCUCCUCUAGAGCUGGCCAGUCUAGAGCAGAAUGAGAAUGAUUUGCCAUCGUUCUCAGGAUGAGAGAAUGUACUUCCUUUUCGUUCUGUGUGCCUUUUUUUGUUCUUUCGUUCUUUUAGUAUUCAUCAUCGGGAACCAAACAGAUUAAUUGGAUUCUUGGAACUUUGUUUCGGAAGCAAACUCACCUAUUCGUCAUCCCCUUUUCGCUUUCGGUGGUUUGCUUUCGGGUUGUAGGGGGUUCUCUUAUUGUUCGGUUCUGUAAUAAAGAGCUCUGAGGAGCUUGGUACGUUUCUGUAUUCUUGUAUUGUCCUGAGAAAGUUUAAAUACACUUAUUUGUUUUGAUUUGAAAAAA